GGCUUAUCCAAUUUGAAAGUAUGCCCUAGUCGGCGAUCAUUUAUUUUUCUUCUUUUUCUUCUUCUUCUUCUUCUUCUUCUUCUCCCCCGUCUCUCCUCUACUCUCACUUACAACCCCGGCGUUAACGGGGUAGAAGCGGACACCCUUUGGUGGCGGCUUGUUUGGUACCCACCAUUUACCCCAAGCUUCCUGCUUCCUGUUGCUUUUCUCCGCCCAUAUGGUCACUUCGCGACCCUCUCGCCAUGCCGUCAGACAUUCAAGUCUUCGUGAAAUGGAAAGAACAAACGAUAUUUGCAGGUGAAGAUGUGGAAUGUACAAUUACGUUCAAGAACAUCGCGGAGGGAAACGGGGACAGCAACAAUGGCAGACAGGUCUCCCCUCAGAGGAAACCGUCUCGACCGGGCAGUAGCACACCUCACUCCGACUCCUUCUUCUCCUUGAAAUCACCAAGGAAUCUAUUCUCCAACCCGAGUCGCCGAUCCUCUACUACCUUCUCAAGAAGAAGCCCAUCCCAUCGUGUUUCAUCGUCUUUAAGCUCACCAUUGGUCGGUUCUCAUAGCUUUCCGCCUCCUUCAACUCCUCGCAAUGGGCCACCGCCGAGUCACAAACAUAAACGAUCUAUAUCUAUAUUAUCAAUUGAUAGUGAAGGAGGCGGCGAUAGGGCUCCCAAAACGACGUCGCCCUUCACCCGCUCGAGGCCAGCCCGAGGUCACGGGCGUUCUGCGAGUUUGCAGGUAGUCCCAAAGCGAUUCGAAGGCUAUGAUGACAUAUUUCCGAGAGGUGGGCGCCACACCACACGAGGCAUCCCACCUCCUGAAUCUGCUAUGAACCCUUCCCCGCAGAGUCUAAGGGUCGAUGUGGACGGGGCAACCAGAGCGGCUCGCUCUGGAUCCGGUACAAUGAGCCCCAUUAAACCUGUUGAAUUGUCGCGACCAUCUGUGCGACGGCCUCAGAUACCCCCAAUCGAUUUCAAAUUCCCACCUCCCACGAGCGACACUAGCAAUACCCGACCUAGCGUGUCACCUUCAACGAUACCGGCAAGCGAACAUGCCAAUUCAAUUACAACGGCAAAGCAAAAUGGCAAAGAGCCGACUGCUUUAACUGCGUCAGGCCAUUUGCCCCAGCUCACCAAGAUUAUGUCGACGUCUAGUUUGAGUGGGAGCCACAGGAGUAGCGGCGAAUUUUAUUCCGUGGGGAAUAACUCUUCAGAAACCUUACAGUCGGAAUAUACGAACUACUCCACGACCGUUCCACGAACACCUGUUAGCCGACACGGGCGACACAUGUCCAGCGUUGACUCCUCGUCCUGGCUACCCAAUGGCCAGACACUGCUUAUGGGCUAUGCGCAAAUAAGUGCAUCGUUUACCGUCGAUGGCUCACUAAUCAACCAGUCGGCUUUUGAAGAAGUAAAGAGGAAAGGUGUAGUGGGUGACCAAGGGAAUGCCGCCGGUAUGACCAACGGGCGGAGUGCCCCAAGCAGCGACAAGAGUCGCAAAGGAGGUGGGUUCUGGGGCGCUUUGAAAUGGAACGCAAUAGAGGAAUCUCUCAGCGGUUUGCUUUCUAAUAAUGAGCUUGAUGGUCUACGUGAUAUGCGAGGUGUUACCUCAUCAAGAUCGAUACCGUUACUGUCCACUUCCCAGUCGCUUCUCUUCGUGGAUCUCCGACUAGCGCCUGGGGAAGAGCAGUCCUACUCAUUUUCCUUCACUUUACCUCGGGGUCUUCCAGCGAGCCACAAAGGAAAGGCCAUCAAAAUAUCGUACAACUUGGUCAUUGGCACACAACGGCCGAGCGUUCGUAACGAACCACAGCGGGUUAAUCGCAUCACCAUACCGUUUCGUGUAUUUAGCGGCGUCAAUGGACAAGGAGACAUCCUUGGACAUGAUUUGAUGAACCCAUAUGUGCUUCUUCGAGAUGAAGCUCGGGUACAAAAGAUUGGUUCGAGUCCGCCGCCAUCUGCGAAACCCAAGAGUAUCAGUGGGACAAGCUGGAAUUCCGCACCGGAGUUCUUGGGCUACGUUGAUAAUAUCCUCGCACAACGUUCCCAGGACGCCCUUCUCCAUCCCCCGGAAACCCCUCUUGAAAAGCGUCCGAGCCACGAUCUAUUACUGGGCCCCUUGUCUUGCAAAGACGCAAUUGAUCUAGCUAUUCUGCGAAGCAACCAGGCUCUGAACUCUUCUCGCAGUCCCAAUCGAUUUGAGAUUGCACGCAAUGGGCGUCGGAUUGCCGUGGUAGUGCUCAAUCGGCCCGCUCAUCGAUUAGGAGAAGCCAUCAUUGCCACCGUGAACUUUGCCGGCGCCGCGCUUCCCUGUUACGCGAUUCGAGCCACGCUAGAGACCUCGGAAAAAGUGGCUGGGCCACUAGCAGUGCGGUCGGGCGCGAGCAUCCGGCGCGCCACUCGGAAAGUGCACGCUUCUUUCUUUGAAAAUACCCUAUACUCGACCCGAGUUGUCUUUAGCCCUGCCAUUCCCAUCUCUGCUACCCCUACGAUUUUGACGACUGGGGUCAACCAUGUGUGGGAGCUACGCUUCGAGUUUGUGACACCGAACAUGCAUAGCGAUUCUGGAAUUGGUCCGUCCGGUGCUACCUUACUCGAGACCGUCCAUCACGACGACCGGGGACGGAUUCUGAAUGCUUUAGAGAAUCUCAGUUGCGAGUCUUUUGAGAUUUCUAUCCCUCUUACGGUGUACGGGGAGACAGUCCGAGAAAGACUCCCCGAGGAGAACGAGGGAUACUCUAUAUAAAUAAUUCUUGGAAGAUCCUGAUGUGUAUGGAAGUUCUUAUCUUAAUGAUCCCCGUAGAUACCAAUCCCCAUUUCCUGGGGUGCAUGUAUGUAUGUUAUUGACCCAGACGUUGACGCAGCGGAAAUAAAGAUGGCUGCUGUUCAUAUUAUUUUUUUUAUUUCUUAUUUAUUUAUUUAUUUUGCUUUUAUAUAAAACUCUCAAAAUAAAUGAGACCGUUUAUCGACAUCCCUUGAUGUGCG